AGGAUGCAGUCGUAAUUCCGUCGCGCAAUGAUUAAGAGUAUUUAUCCAACCAUGUUCCUAAUUUACCAAACAUCUUUCAACUUUCACGAACCUUCGGCCUCGAGUUAGGAUUUUACUUACACCUAGUGCUCCAUCGGUGAUUGCCCACGACCUUAGCUUAAUUUUUCCCGUAGAUCACAAUUUUAAGGUAAAAAUUCCGACUGUAACCUGAUAACUUGGAUUUUGCUCGCUCGCAUGCUUAUACAGCCAUUUGUUUACAUGCGUGUUUCUGUUUUCUCUCAGCCGGUUCCUUGCAAUUCACUUGUAAAACUGUGCUCUUGUGCCGCAAUAAGAUUGCAACGACGACUUGCGAUGUAUUUUACCUCUUCGUUUUAACAUGUAUCAUAUGGAAAGUGUUUGUGUGCUCCGUCUCAUGGAUUAGACUGUGCUCACCUUAUUGGACUAAUUUUGGACAAGCCCCAUGAAUACUUCGUGCCUCCCACUUAGUGGAAGAAUUUUCGAAGGAUAAGCUUACGAGUGCUGUAUUUUUUCUCAAGAACCACGGAAUCAAACAGUCAAAAUUCAGAACGGAGCGCCUUCACCUUUCCCUGGAUUCUUCCGAUUAACCUGAUAUGUUCCACGACCCUGAAAUCUCACCGCAUCAAUGGUCCCCCCAUGGGUGCGUAGAGGGGCCGCCCUCUGCCGCGGCGGCAGACCAAUCACAGGCGGAGGCUCAGAUGAUGUCAUCAGAAGAGGAAAACGACAGCUUCGGGUUGCUGAAGAACAAGAAAAGGGCCAGACAACGUGUAGACGCCGGCGAGCCGCGUAACAGCUACUCCUCGAUCCCCAACUUCAGCUCGCGUCCGAGUUUUUUGAAUAGUAAUUUGUACAGUGCGUUUUUUAGUCAAAACCCCCAACAUUUCGGGCUGUUCAACCAGGGCUGCGCGCCCGCCAAAAUGCUCAACGAGUUGUUCGCGCGUCAAGUGAAAACUGCUUCGGAAGCGGACGGCUCGACAAUGAUGACCAUGGACACAGGAAAUACGGACGUCAACGUGGGCGUCAACUUCGACUGCCUCGGACAAACCCCGGCCAUCCACCGAGGACUCGACGUCAAUUCCUCCCCGCCGCCGGGCGACGUAGCCUCUUAUCACAAGCUCCGCGAUAUUCUCCAAGGCAGGAAAAAGGACAUUCUCGCGCUCGAACAGGAGUUCCACAGUGUAAACAACAGUGCUCAAGAUAGAAAUUCCCCCGAUAACAAUAACACGAUCACUAACAAUAACAACAAUAAUAACGAACUUAAAAACGGUUUAACCAACGGUAGUGGUGUCAGUGAUAACAGUGCAGUGUACAAAAAUGUCAAGUCUGAAAUUAACCUAGAGGAACAAAGUGGCGAUGAGGAUGCCACAGGUGAUGAAGAAAUGAACGAGGUAGGUGAUGAUAUCAAAUCAGAAUUAUUAGUUGAAAAUUUAAACGGUCACGCCUCGGAUUCUGAGCGUGGCACUCCGUCCCCGGUUUCUGAUUCCCCCAAGGAUGAUAACGACGAUUCCAACAGGGAUCCCUCAGCCCCCAAAACUGAGCAGAUUGAAUUGAAAAGGGCCCGAGUUGAAAAUAUCGUCUCCAGUAUGCGAUCUAGUCCUUCGUUAAUUACUCAAGUCAAAGGCUGCAACAAAAGAAAAUUGUACCACCCACAACAGCAUGACAACAGUGCAGUCGAGCGCUUUGCUAACAUGAAUGUUAAUGAUAAUUUAAAUUUAUCUAUGGAUGAAGAUGAAGAAAUGGAAGAAGAUGAUGAUAACGAUAAUGAAAAUGAUACCGAUGAAACGAGUCCGAAUGAGCUCAAGCAAAAAAUUGUAGAAAAAGAUGCUUUGAAAAAUCAGUUGAGGACAAUGCAGGAGGCUUUAGUUGAAAUGCAAGAAAAAUAUGUGCGUUUGUGCUCGCGAAUGGAUCGGGAUCAAAAUGAUGACACCGGUAGUGACGUUGAAGAAAAUUUACCGGAAAAAGCUCAAGUGACCCCCUCGUCGACCCCCGUCAAAGAACCCACGACCCCCCGUGCAUCCACCCCCGUCUCGCAGCCAGUCAUCCCUCCAGCCAUGUCAAAAAUGAUUUCCAAAUUGCAGCAUCCCAAAAACCCAUACCUUCCCCCUCACCUCCCAGUGGCCCCGAAUUUUAACAAUGGUGCUCUCUCCAUGAUCCAGCAACAAGUCUUGCAGGAACACAACUCGUCCAACCUCGGUCAACACCACCAUCUGCCUCACCACCCCGCUCUCAGCAACACCGCAGCUAUGUACCUAGGAGUUAGUCAUAAACUGUUCAUGGAACAAGAGGCCAGGAUGGCCAAAGAGGCCGCCAUGGCUGCCGAGCAACAGCAUUUACACCAGCAACAACAAUUCAUGAACCAACACCACCACCACCCCCACGCUCAGCAACAUCAACAUCACCAACAGCAACAACAGCAGGCGCAACAACACCAGCAACAUCAGCAACAAAAACAUCAGUCGAAUAACCAAGCGCAGUUAUCACAGUCCGGCAACGCAGUGAACUCCCAAAAAUCCCUAGCCGAAAACCAACCCAACGAUUUUUCAGAGAGGUUAUCCAUGCUGAGGUCGAGCGUGAUGGGCUCGUCCGCCAAUCACGAUUUAGAGGGUCUAGCCGAUGUUCUGAAAUCGGAAAUCACUUCUUCGUUAUCGCAUCUGAUCGAUUCGAUAAUGAGCCGGUUCAUGCAGCAGAGGCGGUACCUGGGCAAGCUCCCAGAGUCCGCUUCCGCGGCCAGCGCCGAGCAACUCAACAAGGAUCUCCUCCUGGCGUCGCAGCUAUUGGACCGAAAAACCCCUCGCACGAAAGUGAUCGAUAGAGGCAAUGCGGGCGCCGUCAGCGACCGACCCAACGGCAACGGCCCGAGCAACGUCAACAACCCGCUCGUCGGCCUCCCCCAAAAGAUCAACGGAAGUAAUUUCUCAUCGAUGAACCCCGGACACCAGAACAAUCCAUCAAGCAUGGCCAGCAGCAACGCCAACUCAAUCAGCACACCAACCACGGUCAAUUCGAACGUCUCGUCUAGCAAUCCGGAAAACAAUCUCAACACGAUAAACCUACCCCACGUGAAAGCAUCGCCGACAGCGCCGAUGUUCUCAACGCCGAAGCCGCCGCCGAACAACAUCGGUGCCCUGUACAACAUGUCGUCGCUGGCGCCGUUCAACCUCUCGGAGAGCCGGGAGUCCCUCUCGGAGCAGAACGAGGCUCUGAGUUUAGUCGUCGGGCCGAAGAAGAAGCGACACAAGGUGACGGACACUCGGAUCACCCCGCGGACGGUGAGUCGGAUCCUGGCUCAAGACGGACCCGGGGGCAACGUCGAGAUGCCCGGGAAGUUCAACAACCUCUUGGCGAUGGUCCCGAGCGGUUCGGAAUCGCCCCCGGCCCCGUCGCAGCAGAAGCGACCCUACCACGCGCCGCCACCCCCGAUGCUACCCGUGUCGCUCCCGACUUCGGUGGCCAUCCCGAACCCAAGUCUGCACGAAUCUCAGGUCUACUCGCCGUACAGUCCGUUCUACCACCAAAGCUCCCACAUGCCGUCCUCUAGUCCUCCGGGAAUGGAACUCCGGGAUUCACCGCCGCUCUCGCACCCGCCCUCGCUCCUCCACCCGGCCCUCCUGGCCGCGGCCCAGCACGGAGGAUCGCCCGACUACGGGAACAUGCGGUCCAGCUCGACCCUCGGAGGAGCCGACAGCAUGGACCGGGGAUCAGACUGCGCCUCUGCCGAUGGAAUGACGCCUACUAUAUCCUUUUCAGACAAAAACUUAAAUCAUUACUCUGCAACAUUGACGCCGAUGCACCUGAGAAAAGCCAAACUGAUGUUCUUCUGGGUGAGGUACCCAAGCUCAGCCGUUCUCAAAAUGUACUUCCCUGACAUCAAGUUCAACAAAAACAACACUGCCCAGCUUGUCAAGUGGUUCUCAAAUUUUAGGGAAUUUUACUACAUUCAAAUGGAGAAGUAUGCGCGACAAGCAGUGAGCGAAGGUGUGAAGAAUGCCGACGACUUGCACGUUAGCGGAGACUGUGAAAUCUACAGGGUACUCAACCUCCACUACAACAGGAACAACCACAUUGAGGUAUGGGGUCUACAGGUCCCUCAAAAUUUCCGGUAUGUGGUGGAACAAACGUUACGGGAAUUUUUCAAGGCCAUCCAAACAGGGAAGGAUUCCGAGCAGUCGUGGAAGAAAGCUAUCUACAAGAUCAUUUCUAGGCUGGACGAUCCCGUUCCGGACUACUUCAAGACUCCCAACUUCCUGGAGCAACUUGAAUAGCUGGAGCAAUACUGCGGCUCUGAAAGCAGCCCCCUGUGAGAUAUUUAUACUGAUUUUUAUAAAUGUUAAAUUAAAGUUCCUCAUUUACAUCUGUAAACUGUAUCUGAUUUAGUGAAUAUGUUGUUCAAGUUAAAUUAUUAGCGAAUAAUUGCCAAAGACAAUAAAUAAGAAACUGAAUAAACAGACAAAACACACAAAAUAAAUAAUUGAAUCGACGUUGAAUACGAGAAGGUACAUGAUUUUCUUUUUCUUUUCUUUUCGAGAAAGCAAACGUUCUGCUUCCUUUAUUGAUUAUUUAUUUUACUCCUUUAUUCACUCAUGUUUUUGUACAUAGACUUUUGUUGUCUUUGUUAAUAUGUAACCGAUGAUGUACACUGUUCGUUUUAAGGAAGAGACUCAAAAAAUAAUUGAAGCUUAACUGUAAAUAAUGCUGUACCUAUUUUUAUAGAUAUGUUACCUACCUGGAGAAGAUAAUUCUCAGUUUUGCAACAUUACAAUCGCAGUUCCAAAUUAAGUCGUUGAGACUUUAAAUGCUGUUCCUGAUACUCUUAAGGAGAAAUGGGAUAAGUGACUGAUUAUGACUGAACUUUGAGAAGGUGCAUUACGCUUCGAUAUAAUGCCAUUUUUCGAUUGAGCGUUAAUUUCAUUAAUAAGUGUAAAAUUUAUGCCUAGGGUAUGAGAUAACCUCGAAAGAGAGGCUCCUGAAGUCCUCGUCCAAUAUUUCAACUUAAAUCUUAGGCCUGGCGAAGCCCUUCUCCCCCAAUACCUAAAGGACAAGUAAAAUAGCUAAAGAUCUUUAAGAGAUCGGAGCACAAAGAUGCAUUCAUGAAUGCAUUAAAAUUGUAAUUAAAAUCCAUUGGAUAUUGUAUGUAUUUAUUGUUUAGUUAUUCCAAAGGCGAUUUCUGUAAAAAUGUAAAUAACCUGAAAUGAUUAAUUAGUGACCCAAUAACUUACAAUUAGCAAAAACUUCUUUGCCACAUAAUUCUGUCAUAAUGCCAAGCAUUAUGUUCCCCUAAGGAAAAGAUAAUAUCAGUCUUGUGACUGCCAUCCUUAGUGCUUCUCUAUUGCGUCGUAAAAUCUGGCGGGUUAACAUUAUUUUAACCAUAUUCCUCACCCAGUCGUAGGUAUUAGUACGAAUAUUUAUAUUUUAAUCUAAUCUUACGAACCAAUGAGAGACAAUGAUCAUCCCUAAAAACCUAUUGAUGUCAACUGCGAGUUCGUUUGAAAUGUCAUUUUCUUUUCCUUUAUGCAAAGUACAUCAUUAUCAUCAGUGAAUAUUUACUCGGGAAACGAAAAUAUUUCCUCUCCAAACCACUUUUUGAAAACUUAUUUUUCGAUAGUUAGGUUUCAGUCGGUUAAAUUAACAAAUAAAUGUAUGUCCACUCUAUCUUCCUAUUCUGUAAAAAAAAGUGUCGUCCAGCUAAUCCAUUUGCGUUCAUUCUGAUGAAGGGUUCAAUGCAUCUAUCUGAGAGUACCUAGUUUCAUUUAAAUUUAUAAUGUAAAUAUUUAAUAAAACCUGUAAAUAAAAGCACUGAUUGAAAACACUUAAUUUAAAUCAGAUUAUCUUGUUCUGUACAUAAAUAGGUCAGAAGUUUUGUUGAAUGAGAUAUCAACAAGGCAAAAGUUUCAAUCCAUCCGAUAUUUUUUUUUUUUUUUUUAACUUUGUACAUACAAUGCCUCAAUUUUAAAAUAAUUGGUUUGAUUUAUAAUUUGUUAUUUUGUGGUUAUCGACCUCCAUUAAAUUAUUUUAUUUAAUUUUAGUUGCACUCGCUUAAACAUAUCUGAGAUUUGUAAAUAGAAAUCAUUGAACUAGUCCUGUUAAAUUGUUGAAUUUACAAUAUUAUUUUGAAUUUCUUCAUUUAUAAUUUUAGUUAAUUGAUACAGAAAGAAGAACCGUUCAUCCCAACUAUAGUUUUCAAAAAAGGCUCUCCUUAAAUGUUUACCCUCGUUCUACAAAGGAAGAAUAUUUUAAGUAAUACAUGAUUUUCCAUAGAUAACAGUGAACCAUUAAAUUUAUUUCAUCUGCAUGACCUCACGUUAUAGACCUUGUGCGGUUGUGCUAUUUUUAAAAGUAAAUAGAAUAGAGCUAUCACCUACAAAUCUUUAUUAAAUUAUGUACGCAAUUUCCGAUUUAUUUCAGCUCUGUAAACUUGACUACGUCCUUCACUGAUGUGUCAUUUUACGCAUUACGGAGUAAAACAUGAGUCAAAAUUAAUGUUGUCUCGUUGUCUUGUGGGCCGGAAUUUUCUCAGUCCCAGCAAGCUUGCCUAUGUAACUCAAGAGGACUUCUCUUAUUCCGUCCUAGAGCUUUUAAAUUUGAACCCAACUUCCCCUCUAUUUUUGUGCAAUAUUUUUUUAGACUGAACGCUUUAAAAAUAUUUUCGGAUCUCUAAACAUCACCUGGAAACUGGUGUGUCAUCUGACAAAUCAGAAAUGCUCCUAAUAUUCAAUGCUCUUAAAGAUUGAUUUAGGUACGUUCUUCUAUGCAUCAUUCUAGUAGCUGGGGAAAACUUACGUCAACUUUAGUAUACUUAUUAGCUCUACUGUAUCAUAUGUAACAUUUAAAUAAGAUCAUGUUUUACUUAAAGUAAUUUUUGAGUCAUUUAAAUUAUCUGCAGAUCAUUUGUCGUUACAGUUCAAAAUUUUCAAAUUCGAUUACAAGAAAAAAUCCGCUGACUCAACAUGAGUAAAUCAAUUGAUCUAAAUUUAAAAUAAACACUAAACAUAUCAAAAUAUCGAAAAACCCAUCCCCCUGUAGCGUCGCAAAUGUUCACCACCGUUUUUUGUUCACAAUAUUCUCUUCGCAGUUCACUGGUAGUAAUUACUAUUUAUUUUAAUUUUUUGCACCUUUUUUAUUUGAUUUUCUUCUCUGUUCUGUUAAUUUUUCUCUCUCUCUCUUGCUUUCUUCGACUAAUUUUAAGAAAUUGCACCAUCACACAAAAUCAAUCUUAAAUCAUCUAUUAUUCAAUCUCAUUUCACUAUAAUUUUAUUUUUUAUUUGAUUUUCUGUAUUUUUUCAAUUAAUUUUUAUUAUGGUGUGGAAAGUUUUACUAGUCAAAUAUAUGGAAAAAUAUUUUAUUUUAUUUAUUUGUUUUGUUAUUAUUUUGAUUUUUACCUUGAUUUACGUUUCUCCCAAUCAAUCAUUUUUUUUUUAAUUUUUGCCAUCCAGACAUCAACACAUCUUGAAACACUAUUUACAGUAGGCAAAAGAAUAAAAAAACAAACAAACAAACAAACAAACAAACAAACAAACAAACAAACAAAUAAAAACCCCGCAUUACUACGUGAUUGUAAAAUAGCGAAGAUUUAUUUACGAAAACUGCACAUUCGUAUUCUGAGGAACUUUAUAUCAGUGCUUUUGAUAAUCAAGAGUAUUUUGUAGAGAUAAUUAAUUAAAAAGAAGAAUUACGCAUGAAUCAAAGUAGUCAAAACAUAAGUUAAAUUUAAAGGCUAAAUUACCAAGCUGAAUUUUGUUAAAUUUGAAAGAAUGACUACUGAGUAAAUGAAUCAAUAUAAUACGACAAAAUGAGGCACUAAUUUUGAAAGGAUGUUCAUUUUUAAGUAUUCCUGGUGGUUAACAGGAUCUGACUUGCUUUUCUCAUUGUUGAAUUUUAGUAAAUUCAUUUCAAUAAUUAAUGUGAGAUGGGCAGGAUAUGCACGUCUUCUAGAAAUGUUUUAGAAUCUCGCGUCAUCUCUGAGCGAAAAAAGAAACCAAAUUAAUUAAUUUGCACUGAUUUCAAAGAAUGGAUAAUCAAAAGUUACAUGGGAAUAUCAUUCUAAUUUCUUUGAGUAAAUUAAAGCUUUUACAAACUGCUUUGAUGGACAAUCCCACCGCCAGUUACACGUCGAAGAAAUGGAGAAUCCUCGAAUUUAAUUGAUUUUUCGUGUAUAAUUGAAUUCUGAGAAAUCAGUCACAUUUUCAAACGAUUUUUUUCCUCCAUUUAAUUGAUGGAAAAAAAGUCAAGGAAAAAUUACCUAUCAUCAGGAAGUUUGACAUGCAUUUAUCGUAAAUAUCUUCGACAAAAGGCAGGUGUAUAAGAUUUAAUCCUGAAUCAGCUCCCAAGAAAACGAAACAUUUAUGCAGAUCGUUUAAAAAUGAUGAAAUCGAAAUAGAAAUGGAUAAGAAUGAAGACAUAGCGAAUGAAGUCUAAUCUGACAAAUUUAUAUUUUUUCUUUUUCUUUUUUGAUUUCAAUGUUCAGUGUGCAUCGAUUUGAAGAACUGCUCCUUGAUUUUAUUAUUUUUUUCACUAUGGUUUCACACGCUUUUAUCUUAUAUUUUCCCUGCUCAACCCUUAUACUUCUAUAUUUUUAUUGAGGGAAAGCACAUGGAUCACCAUCCAUGUAAUUUCAAAAUGACGAGUGCAAGUAUCUUUUUGAACUUUUGCGUAAAUAAAAAUAAAUAAACACCCGAAAUCAUGUUAUGUCGCAAAGCUAUAAUUUUAAUUAAUUUUUUGACCGUUAGGAAAAAAUUAAAGGGAAAAAUCUACUUUUAGGAAAAACAUACGAAUACCAAGAGCAAUAGCCUAACAAAACAAGGUACUUCUCAGAUUUCAGAUCCUCUCUACAAUCACGAAGUGCGUUUCAUCUUCACCUGAAUGUGCGCAUUCUUCUCAAUGUAAAAGGACACACACUUAUUUAUUUAUUCGACUUUCAAAAAGCGCUUCCAUUGGAAAGACGAAGAACACAUUGGUUUCGAUGGCGACAUUCUCAUCAAAUGUAACAUAGAAAAAGCUAAAUGGAAAAGCUAACGGAAAAUUAUUAAUUAAGUGGCAUUUUUUUUGACAGGAAAGGAAAUCAAUAGAUAUGGGAUAACCAAAAUGAACGCAAAUAAGUAAGCAAAUUCAAAUUUCAAAAUUCACUGAUGUUAAAGUAAGCGAUCUUGCAAUUUGAUGUCGGUGAGUUAUGAACACCUACGGGUGUGUUGUCUCGACUCGGUAUCAGCCAUACUUGGUUUUCCUUUGCUCCACUUAAGCGAGUUCUAAAAAAAAAUGGCAUGUUCCGGUAGUUUUUAAAACAAAAUCUCUUGAUAAUCAAUUAUUAUUUCGAUGUAAAUAUAUCAUGUGAAUGUUUAGUCAUUAUAUUUGUUUCAUGUUUUAUAUAUAUUUUUUUCUGACAUUUUUGUGGCUGGUGUGUUUGAGUUUUCAUUUUUGUGCAAUAACACAGACCCGCCUUAUUUUGCGAUGGAAUUUGAAAAGUGCAAAAAGUAGAGACUUCCAUUGUCUUGUUAGUCUGGUCAAUGUUCUUUAAUUGAAAUAUCACCUCUUAAGCUUUCAAUAGACAUGAGCAACCAUUAAUUCAACUUGACAUUGUUUUCAGUUCAUUCAAAUACAGUUUACAGAUUUAAACACUAAUUUUAAGGAAUAGUCAAAGUACAUAAAUGUAUAUAUGAAAACUUACUUCAUGUAGUAGAGCUCUUCCUUUUAUUUUUUUAUUUUUUUGAAAAAACGACUCUAGCCCUACAUUGAAAUGACAACAUCUUUGAUCAAAAAGCAAUGUCAACACAGACCUCUCCUUGAACAGUAUAAAUUUUUCAUUUUCAUCAAAAUACGCAAAGAAUUAUACAUUCUUAACUAUGUUAUUCCUUAUGCUACAUGGCAUAAUAUUUCAAAGCCGGUCGAAAAACAAAUCGCGACUAAUCGUAAGAUACCUAAUAAUCUCAAUUUCUAAUGAAAUCGUUGCAACUCAAAAUUAGCACGCAUCACAAUUUAACAAAAAGGAAAGAACUUAAAAUAUAGUAAGAAUAAAUUUUUACUCGGCAAUUCGAGAGAGCAAAAUUUGCUUGGCAUUAAUAAAAAUAAAACCUAAGUUAUAUAUGUGGUUCUAAGUUAUUAGUCCACUGUGCUUUGUUUCUCCAAAUUUCCAGUGAACUCCAUGCGAAUAUUUUUCGAUUAAUCACUCAAUGUGGGGCAUGUGUCAUAAAAAAUAAAAAAUAAAAACAAAACUAAAGAAAUGGCCUAUUACAUGUCGUACCUGUGUAUACAUUUGUAAUUAACUAAAAGUAUCUGUGAAAAUCUGUUCACACUAUUUGAUAGACUAGUCCCCAAUUAAAUGAAUUUUCUUAUUCUGUCCUCAAGCCAAUAUAGCACAUGCAGCCUGAUAGAUCACAGGGGAUUGAAGCAACACAUCAAUGAUUCCAGAGUGUGAGAAUGAUUUCUAAUAAAAAAGAACCUAGGAAAGUUUGCUCAAAAUUAUACUUGAGCUUUCGACUUUCAAUCUUGGGCACGAAACGGUGACGAAAAUGUUUUCGAGAAAACAAACAAUGGUACAAAGUAUACGCCACAGAUUUUGUCUAUGCUGAUGCUCAUACUUUUUGGUCCAUGGCCCAAGGUUUUUGAUCUUAAUCCCUCACUCCUGGUGCUCUAAAAGCCCCUAUCAUAAUUAAAUUAGCAAAAUCCAUCGUUGAUUCAUGCAGUCAUCUUCCUGCCGUCCCAUGGCUCAAGAAAUUGUGGAGGCUGAGGACGGAAUAAAAUCAAGAAAUACAUGUAACAAUACACGUACAUGUAUUUCUUUUCAAGAGGAUAAGUCAAGUACACGUAGCAAUUUAUAUACUCACUUGGAAAAGCUAAGUACUUUCUCCUAUGGAGUUGUUGAUUUUUCAUUGACAUUUCAAGGAAAGGUGUGAAUACGGAAUUGGCACCUGAAACCUAAUUUGUAAUAUGAUGAUUACUCUGCAGUAGAAAUUUUGGAUUUUUGGUAUUCCAUGAUCAGUGUCACCACUGGAACUGUAUUUUUUUCCUAUAAUAACAUCCGCAUGGGGAACUUCUAAAAUCCAACGUGGCUGCUCCGCCAGAGGACGUUAUCUGAUCACAACAAAAUCCCAAAAGGAAAAAGUACUGGCUUGCUAUCGUCGAUAAAACACGGAAUUUUCUCCAAUAUUUGUUAAUUCUCAACACAAGGACGAUGAUAAAAAGGUCUUUUUGUUGAGCGCCGCGCAGUCCUCAAUAUUUUGAGAAAAAUACUGCCCACCAGAACUCAAUCAUUUAUGUUGUUCUUCUCAAUAUUUCAUUUGCAAUACAGUAUGUUUUAGACAGACGUUGUAGAAUUUCCAUUACAAUCAGUAGGUAUACUAUUGAAUAAUCGUACAUAGCUGGUUAUACUCUUCAAUGUGCAAUCCAUUUUCUUAUUUCCUCUUUUUUAUUCAGUAAGUUGUAAGGAUAAGGUUUUCCGUUUUACACCAAUUUACUUUAAUAUUAAGUUUUCCAUGUUAUAUUUUCUCCGCGUAGAUACGAUUGUUAAUAUUACACAAUUCCUUGUUUGUCUCUGUUUUAUUUGUCACGGUGAUUUUUCAACAUAAUUCCUUAUUCCAGUCCGUUCUCUCUCAUACUCAAGAUUAAUACUGACAACCAAAGUUUUCAAACUCUGGUUUCCUUUUUGUUCUCAGACUCACGCUCUUUGAGUUUCAUCACUUUCAUGCUCACCGACCUCAAAACUUAGUAUUACUCUCCCUUUUAAUUUGCAGGCAGAUCACGACAUUCAUCAAAUAAUCGUAUUGAAACUUUGAUGUUUUCGUUUUCAAUUACUCUACGAUAUCACAAUAUUGCUCUCAUAAUUCCAUCCUAUUUUUCAUUUACAGAACCUAUUUACUCUUGGUAACGCUACAUCCGGUUUUAUUUAAGAUGUUCCCUGUGGGGCUAUGAGUUCCUCGGCAAAAAAUUAUUAUUCAUGCUAAAGAACCCAUGUGAUAGGGAUAAUCCCUUCCAAUAAAAAUGAUGAUUUGCAAAGAAUCAAGUUAACGUCAAGACUCCUUCAUAAUUAAGAUUGAGUUGAAAAUAUAAACGAAUUACGUAAAUAAAUAAUAAAAAAAAGGACGAAUUGCGCGACUCCUCAUUGUGAUGUACUCGUCUUUUAUGAAUGUCGCUCACUAGCCUCCAAAUUCAAUUUCUCAUAAGAAUAGUAACAAUGUGUAGCAUAUCCUCAAGCAUAUGGGUGGUAGAAAGAACUGAGCUUCGAAAAUGCGGAGAGCUAAAACUCUCUAAAAUAAAUUUUACCGAUGCUGCCCAAUGAACAUGCAAUAACGCAUCACCAUUACUUUAUGACAAUCCAGGAACUCAUGGCCUCUGUCAGGACUUUCAAUCCCGGAAAUUGAUUCUCAAAUUGAUGAAAUAGUCCACUUUUAUACAUUCACAUACCUACAUCGAGUUUCAUCAAUAAAAGGUGAUUUAGUUUCUCAUUCAUUAUUCAAUUAUUUCUACUUUGUCUCGUGUCUUUUAUCGGUUCAGUAUGAUUUUUUUCUCUUAUAAUUUACUUAAUACUUUUGGAUCAUUUUGGAUGAUUUAUAUUAUAGGUUUGCGUUUUCUUAUCAGUUCUUUUUUUUCAUUCUUUUUUUCUUUCUCUUGCACACAAUAUUUUUGGCCAAUUUUUUGCAGACACUCUCCGGUUUCCAUUUACAGUUAAGGUGCUCUUAACAUAGCAUUCAAGAUUACAGUCAAACAUGUUUAGGUUUCCACAAUUUUUCAUUUGAUUACCAAAAGCUCUCGAAAAUUCCGGUUGCUCAAAAUUGAAAUUUCAGUUAGAGUUUCCUCAUUCUUUCCUCAAUAGAAAAAAAUAAGAAACUUUGGCUUUCAUAGAUUUAUUAAAAUUUACGUUUCGGCGAUACUGAGGAAAGUCUCAUCAAAAUUGUGUUUCGGAAAAAAAUAUAUAGAACUUGAAUUGUCCUCACUUAAGUACAAGCUAUUCGAAAA